CUUAUUUGUGAUCAAACUGAACCUAAGAAAUGUGUAAUUUGAAGGCCCAAUCUGCAUGUCACAUGAUUUGUGUCACAUGAUAUUUACGAAUCAAACCAGUUCAAGGUCAAUAGUUUGCUGCUUAGGAAGAAAGUGUGGAUCAUCAGAACCUUAUGUGAAAUUUGAGCAUAUCCGAGCCAGUCAAUAUGGAGACCAACAGGAUUCUGUGCCUGGGUAAACUUUGUGUGGAUAUUAUAGCGGAGUGUGAAGACUUCCCACAAGAAGACAGCGACCAAAGAUGUAAGAGACAACGCUGGCAACGCGGAGGGAACGCCAACAACACCAGUACGGUUCUGUCUAUCCUGGGAGCUCCGGUGGAGUACCUGGGUACGAUAGCGAACAGCCACGAGCUAGGCUUUCUCCGUGACGACUAUCAGCGUGCUGGUAUUAUAAUAGACAACUGUGUUAUAGUGGACAAUUGUAGCUGCCCUGUCUCCCUCGUACUGCUCAGCUCGGUCUCAGGAUCAAGAACUAUUAUUCACGACAGCGGGUCUCUACCUGAACUGACACACAAAGACUUCCAGGUCGACCUCGGUUCCUAUGCCUGGGUACAUUUCGAGGGGCGACCAAGCGCAGCAGAGCAAGUGAAGAUGCUGAGAGAUAUAGAUAAUCACAACGCGGACCUUGAAGAAAACGACAGGAUAACCACCUCCGUGGAGCUAGAGAAGAACAGACCGGUUUUAGCCCAGCUCAUUGACAAAGCUGACUACGUGUUUAUCAGCAAAGACUAUGCCAAAGCCCACGGAUUCUACAGCAAAGAGGACGCAGUGGAAGGGUUUGUGGAUAAAGUCAGAGAAGGAGCGACGGUAAUAUGCGCGUGGGGAGAGGACGGCGCCUGCGCAAAACCGAAAGGAGAGCCAACCAUAUCUGUGCCCGCCAUUUCACCCGGAACUAUUAUUGAUACUCUCGGAGCAGGCGAUACUUUUAAUGCGGCUAUGAUACACGCACUCUGCAAAGGUGCAGUGCUGCAAUCCGCUCUAACAUUUGCCUGUAAAGUUGCUGGAGAAAAGUGUGGAAUGAAAGGCUUUAGUGGCUUGCGAUACACAGAUCUGUCAUUUGAAGCAGAGAGCGAUGGUAGUUCUAGUGGCAGCAAAUAGACACGAACAUAUGCAGCCUACUUAAAGAACUUACCUUGUAGGCCUACAUGUAUUUGGUGAUUUUAAAACUGUAACACAUUUACCCGGAUUGAAAGCCAGUUCCCAUCCAUAGUGUGUCGAGUUUAAGGUGGCGUGUGCGUUGUAGUGACACCCCCAUAACGUUACUAGUCACCUUUAAAGGAGGCUAACCUCAUCAUCGAUCAGCACUAGUAGUGCCUUUAUAUAAUUAGGCCUAUUUUUAGCGCCUCUUCCCCGUUGUUAUUCAUUGUUUAUUUAUUAUAUUUAUUCAUUGUUUAUUUAUUAUAUAUUUAUUUUUUGCAUGAUUGCCACACAGUACUAUUCUGCCCUUCACCAUGGCCACGGGUUGGUUUUUUUUUACUAAAUAUUCACAGAUAUGUCUCUGGUUAAAUGAUGGGACUUUUAUUUUUUUAUAAAUUUGUGGAGAUAAUUAACCCAUUUGUUUAUUAGAUCUUAGUUGUAAGUAUUAUAAGGGUGAUAUCACAUUACUUAUUUGACAUUGGUGUACUUUUUUCCUCCUAGAUUCAACAUUUUGUAUUGAUAUCUCUUAUUACAUGUUUAUUGUAGGAAAUUAGAGACAUGCAUUGAAGGUAUGGACGAUAUUUGCCUGAAUUGGUGCAUUUUGCACUCGACGCAUACAAUCGGGUUAUGACAAUGGGGUAAUUUUACUGACAUAAACGACUCUUUUCUUGAGCGUUACACAUAAUUUUUCUUAUAAACUGUCUCUAAGCAGAUUUGUUUGCAAGUAUUUUUUUUAUUAUUUUCAGUAAGUACGAAGAUUCUCCACUAGGUGUGACAAUGUGCCAAUUCUGAAUAUAUAUAUAUAUGUGUUGCAUUUAUUGGAAAGGUGAAUAAAGUUUUUCUUUGGGUUUA